AUGCCAGGAUGCGCCGGCAACGACAGGUCAGCGUCGCAAAGAACAUGUGCCUUGGCAAGCAGCAUAGCCAUUACUCCGCCGGGCUUUUUGGCGCGCUCCCGUGCCAGGCGGUUCAGGUCUGCCAAGGAGAGCAAGCCUGACAAAAGCAAGCGGUUGAUUGUCAACAGAGUACGACACGCGUCUCUUGACAUCGAAGGUGCGGCUGGAGACCCGGCCGACGACCCGGAAAAUGUUUAUCCGCUCCAGCCCGUGGGAGUCCAUAUAUCCCGGCUACCCGGGCCCUUGAACGUCAGGUCUUCAUCCAUCAACCAACGAUGA